CCCAAAAGUGAUGAAGAAGACUUGUAAGAAGACCGAAGGCUCUUCGAGGCCAGAUAUUGAAAACAGAAAGGCAUUGAGGAUUGUGAAGAAGUUCUUUCAUCAACUGUUUCUUUAUCAUAACGACAAGCUUAAAAAUAAGAGAUUUACUAGGGUCAGUUUGUCAGAGAUUCUUGAAGCCCUUGAACAAUUGGUAUCUGUAUACAUCCCCCAAACUCCUUCAAAAGAGAUGGCCGAGUGUUUGUUUCAUUUCCUAAACUUUCACUCUUCAGAUGCAUCCCAACUAGAAUCAGAAGCUGCAUUAGCCGGAAUGAAACUUUAUGAAUGCACUCAUAAAUAUACAAGAUAUCUUUUCAACCGUUUACCCCAAUCAGUCUACGUCAAACACCUAAUAACAUCAUACACAACUCUCAAAUGCACUCCUCUCCCUUCCAUCCUCUCCCUCCACCACUCCCAAACCUGGCCUCACCAAUACCACAAAAAUCCCAAAAACCUGAACAAAAUCCUCACUCACCUUCUCUACCAAAAAACCCCUCCCCCAAUCCAAGCCAGCCUGACCAGACUCCACGAUCUCUGCCUGUCCCCUCCAAGUUUAAAAUAA